AUGCGCACGCCGACCGCCGCCGCCGAGUAAACAUGGACGUCUGAAUCCCAUCUUAUAGCGAAUUUUCAGGUGCUUCAAAAUGGAUGAUAUGCAGAGAUUGACAACUGCUGCUUGCGCAGACCUGGAGAGGUUAGCUGCAGCUGCAGCAACCAUGGGAUAUUCUUCCGACUCCAUAUCUGUUCCAUCCCAUCACCUACCAAGCGGUGUGCCCCCAAGCACCCUUGCUCCCUCCAUUGUACCUCAGUAUGCCGAUCCUUAUGACUUAUCUCGUGCACAGCAGUAUGCAGUUGCAAGGUUGAGUGAAUACCAACCCAGAACAGUUUAUGAUCAGAAUCGUGGUACCCACACAGCAACAACACAGCAUCAACACAUUAUAACACCAGCACAUGCUCAUGCAUCCUCCAGAAAUUCACAGUAUACUGUUGAGAGAACUAAUUUCAGCCACACAGGAAACAGAACCCAGCAGUACACCACUACAGUGUCUGGCAGCAGUGCCACCAUACCUGGAGGGAUUCAGUAUACUGAUACAAAGAAUAUAAGUACCACAGGGACGGGUAUUGCCCUUUCGCAGCCAUCUCUGCUGCCAGCCUCCACGUCAACAAGUCUUGUCACUCAGGCCGUAACGCAAGCAGUCGUGAAUUUUGUGCAAGAUGGUUUAGUCAUUGAUAAUUCUGGAAAUAUGUCGGCACCACCUCAGGAGAAAAAGAAAAAGAAAGAUAAGAAAACAGAAGCUGAAACAAAAGAUAAGAAAGAAAAACCAGUUUCUGAGGGUGAUAAUGCAGGUGAAGGAACAAGUGCUGAUGGGGAAGCAAAGAUAAACAUAACAGAAGUCCCAGAACCAGUUCUUAUUGAUGGUAGAAAAUAUUAUGUAUGCAGUUUGUGUGACUUGAGAUUUCUGAGAAAGUAUCAGUUUAGAAGACAUCUAAUUGCCCAUACUGGUGAGAAACGUGGUGCUCUUUCAUUAGAAACUAAAGUGGAGAUAAUUCGAAGAAUACAAUCAGGAGAAAAGCAAGUUGAUUUGGCAAUGGAAUACAAUGUAGGUCGAUCUACACUAAGCUUCAUUAUGAAACAUGCUGAGAAAUUUCUUGGGGUUUGGAAGAAUGGAAAAUUUCAUCCAGAUAGCAAACGCUUACGUGGUGCGCAGAGAGAGGAUGUGGAAGAGGCUCUGUAUGAGUGGUAUAAGCAAGCUCUACAAAUGAAUGUGACAAUUACUGGACCUAUAUUGUGCCAGAAAGCAAAAGAUUUUGCUGUGAAGCUUGGUUAUAAGGAGUUCAAAGCAACACAUGGCUGGUUAGAUAGGUUCAAGCACAGAAAGAAUAUUGUUCUUGGGAGAGGUAAACCUAAUAAAGAUAAGGACAAUCAGGAAGAUUCUGAGGAUCUAAAGGCAGACUUCACAGGUCAGGUUCUUCCCAGUGCACUUAUGGAAUAUGAAGCCAAUGAUGUCUUCCAUGCCGACGAAAUAGGACUGUUGUACCGUGUCAUGCCCAACAAAACCUCAGUCUUCAAAGGAGAUAGAUGUGCUGGUGGCAGUAAAAGUAAGCAUAGAGUGACUGUCCUCAUGUGUACAAAUAUGACAGGUACAGAGAAGUUUCCACUCUUGGUCAUUGGCAAACAUCCCAAACCCAAGUGCUUCAAGAAUGUGAAAAGCCUGCCAGUACAGUACUUGGCAAAUCCCAAGGCCUGGAUGACGACAGAGAGUUUCACUGCUUGGCUUCAUGAUUUAGACUCAUGGUUCGUGCAGCAGAACAGAAAAGUUUUGCUCAUAUUACCCAAUCUCCCUAUUCAUCCCAAAUCACCUAAACUGAAUGCUGUCAGAGUACUUACCAGUCCAACCACCUUUAUAGGCCCAUGUAAAUUAGGGGUUUCUCAUUCUCUUAAGAGGAACUACAGAAGAGCAGUGUUAGAAUCGCUUCUCAAUUACAUGGAUGAAGAAAAUUUGAAGAAGAAAAAGAAGCCUAAACAGACACAGAUGAGAUUAAAUCUACUGUCGUGUCUUCACUUACUUGCUGCUGCUUGGCAUGCAGUAACCGAUGUAACAAUCAACAAUAGUUUUCAGAGAUCGGGUAUUGGUAAAUAUGCAUUGUGGGGGAUGAAUCUCAUGCCAGAAACAAAUUUAGGAACAGAAAAUCUUGAGCUAAUCCACAAACUGAAAUCAAAAGGCUUCAAAAUUCCAGAUGGAAUAACAUUUGAUGAGUUUGUGAUGUUUGAUGAUGAAUUACAAGUUUGUCAUCUAAUGGAUGAUGAUGAUAUCAUUGCUGCUGUUACAGGAGCAGAUAUUGAGUCUUCAGAUAGUGAGGAAGAAGAUAUAGAGAUUGAAAAGAUAAAAGCAAUAAAGGAAAAGGGAGAAGCUCCAGAGGAUAGUGAGGCAGAAGUAACGGAGGAAACAGAAGAUGGUCCUGCAAUGACAGAAGUUGAUGCAAGCCUUGGAACGCUCCGGCAGUACAUUCAGUAUCAAGAAGGAGCUCAGGAAAUGUUCCGUGUUUUAGCCCAUCUUGAAUUCCUUAUUCACAAAGGAGGUAGUAAACCCCCAGUUGCCAUAGCUUCCUCUGAGGCAACAUGAAACAUUAAAGCUUCCAUAGAUGGGAAGACACAAAAAGAGAACCUGGUAUGAAAAUGUUUCUGUUAUCUCAAAUGGAUGUGCCAUUUUGGAAUAUUUACAAUGAGAUGCUGGUACUUAAUGGUGCAGAUAUAUAUUAAAAACUUUUAUAUUUUAACAAUGUUAAGUUCAACAAUAAUUUUGAAGUAAAUAGCAUUCAGGAAGUGCUGCAUUAAGUUUCUUAGAUUUAUUUUAGCCUUUAAUUACUUACCCUGUUAUAUAUUGAAAUAUAUAUCUUAUGGGUAACUGUCACCUCAGUUUAGUAAUCUCUUUGUGAUUAUUCUUCAACAGACUGAUGGUAUAUUAUAGAUGUAUGUUCAAGUCACAAAACGAAGAAUCAGAUUGAAUUCCAUCUUGUACUUACCAUUGAAAAAAAUAAAAGUGGUGUAAAUUGUUAUGAAUUUAUCAUGAAAAAUCAUCUUUUAUAUUUAAUUAUUUUGAUACUGGAAGAUAUUAAAUUUUCAACUUCAGAACAAAUAUGAGUGAUGAAAUUGAAGUAUAAUGCAGAUGGCAUGUAAGUUUGAAAAUUUCAUUAAAAUCAUUGUGAAAAGAAGAAAAGAGGCAAGCAAGCCCAUAACUUGAACGGUCAGUCAUAUUGAGAAAUGUACGUUUACCGGUGAUAUAUAAUAGGAGUAUAAACAGAAGGGCAAGCUUGUAAUGGUAUGGAUGUUGUAUCAACUUGAGAGAAUUUUGCAGCUUUGGUUUUCCAGUUCGAGAUGUAGUGCUUUGCGCAUGAAUGUGAUUCUGGUCGUGGCUCUAGUUAUUAUACUCUUGAUUAUGGUCCUGAUGAUGAUGAUAAUGAUGACUACUGUUGCUGGUAAUGUUACUAUUUUAUAUAUGUUUUUUCCUUACUAGUUUUACUUGAGCUAAUGUUUUUGUCAUUGAUAAAAGAAAUACAAUGGUAUGACAUUGUGAGUAAUAUUGGUUUACAUUAGUGUAAUAUUGGUAAUGUAAAUAUCGAUUUUGUUGCAGUAAUAUUAUUUUUAUCGUGAGUGACAAAAAAUAAUAGUAAUAUCUGUAAUCAUAAUGAUUCUAGUAAUAAUAAUGGCAAUGAUAAUGAUAAGAAUAACAACAAUAAGAAUAAUAAAAAUAACAUUAUUAUUGUUAUUACUAUUGUUUAUAUUGUUAUUGUUACGGUUGUUUAUGCUAUUAUUAUUGUUGUCAUCGUCAUCAUCAGCAUCAUCAUUAUAGUAAUGAUAAUUAUUAUUAUUAUUAUUAUUAUUAUUAUUAUUAUUAUUAUUAUUAUUAUUAUUAUUAUUAUUAUUAUUAUUAUUAUCAUCAUCAUCAUUGUUGUUGUUAUUGUUUUUUAUUCUUUUUGUUGGUAUUAUUAUUAUUAUUAUUAUUAUUAUUAUUAUUAUUAUUAUUAUUAUUAUCAUUAUUAUCAUUAUCAUUAUCAUUAUCAUUAUCAUUAUAUUACUAUUACUAUUACUAUUACUAUUACUAUUACUAUUACUAUUACUAUUACUAUUACUAUUACUAUUACUAUUACUAUUACUAUUACUAUUACUAUUACUAUUAUUAUUAUUAUUAUUAUUAUUAUUAUUAUUAUUAUUAUUAUUAUUAUUAUUAUUAUUUAUUAAUUAUUGCCACAGUCUUUGUCAUCAGCACUAUCAUUAUUUCAACUAUUUUUAUGAUUAAUAUUAUUGUCAUCAUUAGCAUAAUCAUUAUUGGUACAGUCAGUAAUCAUUGUGUAUUAAUAUUAAUUAUAUAUUGUGUAAUUAAUAUUAAUUAUAUAUUACAUUUUAUUGACAUUAUUUCAUCAAUAAUUUGAAUUAUUUUUUUAUGCAUAAUUAUUAAAGGUUCUUUAAUUGUUAGAAUAAAGAAAAUAAAAAAGAAUGUACAAUCUCCCAAGUUAUGCCAUUAAUUUUCAUACAUGUUGAUUUUUUUUUUUUUUUUUUUUUUUUUUUUUUUUUUUUUUUCCAGUUACAUUUAGGAGAAUAUUCUUUUGCUGAAUCUUUAAGGUUUAAGUCUGCAGUUACUGUGAUAUUUCUUUGGCAGUGAAAGUCGGCAUUUAUGAUUGAUUUCGAUAUGGGUAUAUAUAUUUUUUUUAGGAGCAAAUUCUCGUCAUAAUGUAAUAUGGAGAGAUAAUAUACUCUUUCUGAUCUUUUACUCUCUAAAAGUCACGAGUCGAAAAGCAAGAUUGAAGUGAAUUAAGAGAUAAAAAUGACUAUGAUACUCACUUUUUUUUAUGCACUUGUAUGUAACAAUUCUUCAUUCCAUUUUAAAAGAUAAAAAUGUUUCGGGGAGGGAAAAAAAAGUGUUGGGAAUUCCAACCAUAAAUAACUACUUACAUAACGUGUACAAAUUACAUUAAUUUCUCAGCCGUACCUUCAAAGGUCGGGAUACAUAAUGAAAUGUGUAUGUAGUGUCUAUAUGUAUUUUGUUAAGAGUGGUAUUGACCUCUGUUUUGUAUGCGCUGUAUCAUUGUAUCUGUAUAAACGAAAUCAUCUUUCUUUUAAUGGCAAUCUGUAGCUUGUAAAUACUGAUUAUUAUUUUCAUGUGUAGUGGAAAAAAGCAACAAAAAAAGGAAACAAAUUUUGUCUCUGCACAUGGCUGACUUUUGUACUGCUACUAUGAAAAAUGAUUUAAAUAUAUUCAUCUCAUUUGGAAA